UGUACCGGGUCCAAUGCUGCCACCUAUGCGCGCCAUAGAGAGGUGCGUCUGGCGAUCCGCUGUAACGCACUUACGCAGGCAGGGGGCGUACUCAUGUCACUAACCUCUCUCUCUUUAUCUCUCUCUCUCUUACCAAGGGAUGCCGGUGCCGGAGUCUAACCCGCAGCUCUCCUCUCAUUCAUGCUGAGCGCUGCUCUCCUGUGCGCAUGGAACUGCAGAGCUGAGCUUUGGAACCGGUGCUGCUGCUGCUGUCUGACAAGAACGCCGGAAAUGGAAAUGUCUUCUGCUGCAACUCUGACAUCCUAAAAAACAUGCCAAGCAGGACGAACGCGAAUGACAGUUUGAUCAUUUUUGGCGUCCCUGUUUGGGUUCUGGAAAUGAUUACCGUGCCAGACAGACCAAUCAGAUAAGGCUGCUACAGCGGCUGCCGAGGGCCAUGGGUAGGGGGCUGGUGGCGGACGAGGCUGAGGAUCAGGGGAUGAGGUUAUAAAAACAACAGCAGAGAAAGGAGGAAAAAAAGAGGAAAUCAAUUGCUUGGAAACUUUUCUUUUGUAUCAUCAUACCCUGCAGUCCUAAUAAGGCAGUGACUGACCCUGUAGAGGAUUACACACUCAAAAAUACACAACAAUACCCACUCGCUCACACCUCCCCUCCCCUCACCGCCAUGUCCUCCCACCUCAACCCACCUCUUCUCAUCCUCCCCAUCCUCUUCCUACUCCUCUCCCUGUCCAUGCCCUCCACUACUUCCUCCUCCUCCUCCCUCCUUUCCUUCUCCCCACCGGAAGGAGGUCUCACACAUUUGGUGGUCCAUAACAAAACGGGCGAGGUCUACCUGGGCGCCAUCAACUGGAUCUACAAGCUGUCCAGCAACCUGACCAAGCUACGAAGCCAUGUUACUGGCCCAGUCACAGACAACCCUCGCUGUUACCCUCCACCCGGUGUCCAGUCCUGCCCACACGAGCUGGUGCAGACCUCUAAUGUCAAUAAACUCCUGCUACUUGAUGCUGCCCACAACCGCUUAAUUGCCUGUGGGAGUACUUCCCAGGGAAUAUGCCAGUUCCUGCGUCUGGAUGAUUUGUUCAAGCUCGGUGAGCCCCACCACCGUAAAGAGCAUUAUCUAUCCAGUGUUGCUGAGGCAGGCACCAUGUCAGGUGUCGUGAUCUCCCCGGAUCUUUUUGGUGGAGGUGGGAAACUUUUUGUCGGCACUCCCAUCGAUGGAAAAUCUGAGUACUUCCCAACGCUAUCGAGCCGCAAGUUAAUGUCCAACGAGGAGAACGCUGACAUGUUCAGCUUCGUCUACCAGGAUGAGUUUGUCUCCUCACAGCUUAAGAUUCCCUCGGACACGCUCUCCAAGUUCCCGGCAUUUGACAUCUACUAUAUCUACGGUUUCAAUAGCGAGCAGUUUGUGUAUUAUCUUACCUUACAGCUUGACACCCAGCUCACAUCGCCAGAUGCAAGCAGUGAACAAUUCUUCACCUCUAAAAUAGUCCGCCUAUGUGUUGACGAUCCUAAGUUCUACUCCUAUGUUGAGUUCCCCAUUGGCUGCACCAAGGAUGGAGUGGAGUACCGCUUGGUUCAGGAUGCUUAUUUGGCCCGGCCGGGGACCCGUUUGGCACGUUCACUUGGUAUUCAAGAGCAUGAGGAGGUUCUGUUUACUGUAUUUGCCCAGGGUCAGAAGAAUAGAGCCAAGCCACCCAAGGAGUCGGCUUUGUGUCUGUUCACAAUGAGACGGAUAAAGGAGAAGAUUAAAGAAAGGAUUCAGUCGUGCUACAGAGGAGAGGGGAAACUCUCCCUGCCCUGGCUGCUCAACAAGGAGCUUGCCUGCAUCAACUCUCCGCUGCAGAUAGAUGAUAACUUCUGCGGCCAAGACUUCAACCAGCCUCUAGGGGGCACCACCGCCAUUGAGGGCAUCCCGCUUUACGUGGACAAGGACGACGGCAUGACCUCUGUGGUGGCCUAUGACUACCGUGGACACACUGUGGCUUUCACUGGCACCCGCAGCGGACGCAUGAAGAAGAUCCUGGUGAACGCCAUCUCCCUGCCUGCCUUGUUGUAUGAAAAUGUGGUGGUGAGCCACGGGAGCCCCAUCCUUAGAGAUCUGCUCUUCAGCCCAGAUCAUCAGUACUUAUACGCCCUCACCGAUAAACAGGUCACCCGUGUACCAGUGGAGAGCUGUGAGCAGUACACCUCCUGUGAAGCCUGCCUGGGAUCAGGAGACCCUCACUGUGGCUGGUGUGUGCUACAUAAUAUGUGUUCGAGGAAGGAUCGCUGUGAGCGAGCAGAGGAGCCUCAGCGUUUCACCACCAGAGUGGAGCAGUGCGUCCAACUCGCUGUCCAACCUGACACCGUCUCUGUCACCAUGUCUGAAGUGCAGUUGGUACUUCAGAUGCAGAAUGUGCCCAGUCUAUCUGCUGGAGUGAACUGCUCCUUUGAGGACUAUGUAGAGACAGAAGGACGCAUCUACGGAGGACGGAUCUUCUGCCUUUCCCCCUCUACAAAAGAGGUGGCCCCCAUCACACGAGACCAGGGUGACCAACGUGUAAUAAAGUUGUAUCUGAAGUCGAAGGAGACGGGGAAGAAGUUUGCCAGCGUGAACUUGGUCUUCUACAACUGCAGCGUCCACCAAUCGUGCCUAUCUUGUGUUAAUGGAAACUUCCCCUGCCACUGGUGCAAAUAUCGCCACAUGUGCACGCAGGAUGCCAGCGACUGCUCCUUCCAGGAGGGACGAGUCAACACCUCGGAGGAGUGUCCUCAGAUCCUGCCCUCCACCCAGAUCUAUAUCCCUGCUGGAGUUAUGAGACCCAUCACCCUGCUUGCCCAGAACCUGCCCCAGCCGCAGUCCGGACAAAGGAACUACGAGUGUAUCUUCUACAUCCAGGGCAACACGCACAGUGUACCGGCUCUGAGGUUUAACAGCACCAGCAUACAGUGUCAGAAGACCACGUAUGACUACGAGGGCAGUGACAUCAGUGACCUGCCAGUCGACCUCUCCGUGGUGUGGAAUGGAAACUUUGUCAUUGACAACCCGUUCAACAUUCAAGCCCACCUGUACAAGUGCAGAGCGUUGCGGGAUAGCUGUGGUAGGUGCCUGAAGGCUGACCCCAGGUUUGAAUGUGGUUGGUGCGUCCAGGACAAAAAGUGCUCCCUCAGGCAGGAGUGUACCGGUGGAGGAAAUUACCACCUCCCGCUGCAGCUGGCUGAAGGUGGAGGGUGGAUGCACGUCACCUCUGUAAACAGCCGCUGCACCCACCCCAAGAUCACUAAGUUGUUCCCUGAGAAGGGGCCUCGCCAAGGGGGAACGAGGGUAACCAUCCUGGGGGAAAACCUAGGUCUCCAGUUCAGAGACAUCCAGAUGGGCGUCAGACUGGGCAAGGUGCCCUGUGUGCCUAUUGAGGAGGAAUAUGUCAGUGCAGAGAGAAUUGUGUGUCUGCUGAACGAUGCUACCAGCUACAGGGUCCAAGAAGCUCAGGUUGAGGUGUGUGUGAGAGACUGCAUCAAUGACUACAGAGCCCUGUCGCCUAGGCCAUUUACCUUUGUGACUCCAUACUUUACCCGUAUCCAGCCAUCUCAGGGGCCUAUUUCUGGUGGCACCCAGGUCACCAUCGAGGGAAGCUACCUCAAUGCAGGCAGCUACGUGUCUGUCAGCAUAGGACUGCAGCCCUGCUACUUCAAAAAGAGGAAUUCCCGUGAAAUAGUGUGCGUUACACCAGCUGGAUUAGCACCAGGCAGUGCAUCAGUCUUGGUGGACAUUGACGACGCUGAGCUCAGAAACCCAGAGGUCAAGUUUAAUUACACUGAAGACCCCACUGUCCUGCGGAUUGAACCUGACUGGAGCAUUGCCAGUGGUGGGACUCUGCUGACAGUGAGCGGGACCAACCUUGCAACCAUCCGAGAACCAAAGAUCAGGGCCAAGUAUGGGCAGGCAGAAUCCUUUCAUAACUGUACUGUGUAUAACAACUCAGUCAUGGUGUGUCUGGCUCCAUCAGUGGCAGACUCAGAGCUGGGUUUUUCCGAGACCGGCACCGGUCCUGAUGAGAUUGGGUUCUACAUGGACAACGUGAAUGCUCUGGUGGUGGUCAAUGAGACAUUCAGCUACUACCCUGACCCUGUGUUUGAACCGUUGAGUCCCUCUGGGAUACUAGAACUCAAACCCACGUCACCGCUCAUACUCAAGGGUCGUAACCUGAUCCCAGCGGCUCCAGGUAACAGUCGCCUCAACUACACUGUGCUGAUUGGAGAAACUCCCUGCGUCCUCACCUUGUCUGAGAGCCAGCUGCUGUGUGAAUGGCCCAACCUCACCGGACAACACAAAGUCACGAUCCGUGCUGGUGGGUUUGAGUACUCCCCCGGGACUCUUCACAUCUACUCGGACAGCCUGCUGACGCUUCCUGCCAUUAUUGGCAUCGGAGGGGGUGGCGGCCUGCUUCUAUUGGUCAUCAUCGUUGUGCUGAUUGCCUAUAAGAGGAAGUCAAGGGACGCUGACCGCACCUUGAAACGUCUUCAGCUCCAGAUGGACAACCUGGAGUCCAGAGUGGCCCUUGAGUGUAAAGAAGCUUUUGCCGAGCUUCAGACAGACAUCCAUGAGCUGACCCAGGAGCUGGACGGAGCUGGGAUUCCUUUCCUGGACUAUCGGACUUAUGCAAUGAGGGUCCUGUUCCCGGGCAUUGAGGACCACCCUGUGCUCAAGGAGAUGGAGGUACGGGUACAGGCAAAUGUCGAGAAGGCGCUGACGCUGUUUGGCCAGCUGCUGACGAAGAAGCACUUCCUGCUGACGUUCAUACGAACCCUGGAGGCACAGAGGUCAUUUUCAAUGCGGGACCGAGGCAAUGUGGCAUCUCUGAUCAUGACGGCCCUGCAGGGGGAGAUGGAGUAUGCCACCGGAGUCCUGAAACAGUUGCUGUCCGACCUGAUAGACAGAAACCUGGAGAGCAAAAACCAUCCCAAACUGCUGCUCAGGAGAACGGAGUCUGUCGCUGAGAAGAUGCUGACCAACUGGUUUACAUUCCUCUUGUACAAGUUCCUCAAGGAGUGUGCAGGGGAGCCUCUGUUCAUGCUUUACUGUGCCAUCAAGCAGCAGAUGGAGAAGGGACCCAUAGACGCCAUCACAGGAGAAGCCCGCUACUCCCUCAGUGAGGACAAGCUCAUCAGGCAACAGAUUGACUAUAAAACACUGACAUUGCACUGUGUAAACCCAGAGAAUGAGAACGCCCCCGAGGUGACGGUCAAGUGUCUGAACUGUGACACCAUCACUCAGGUCAAAGAGAAGCUGCUCGAUGCUGUGUACAAGGGCAGCCCCUAUUCACAAAGACCCAAGACUUCUGAUAUGGACCUUGAAUGGCGCCAAGGUCGGAUGGCCAGAAUCAUUCUGCAAGAUGAAGAUGUCACAACUAAGAUCGACAAUGACUGGAAAAGACUCAACACACUGGCUCACUAUCAGGUAACAGAUGGCUCAGUGAUUGCCCUGGUGCCAAAGCAGAACUCUGCCUAUAACAUCUCCAACUCCUCCACCUUCACCAAGAGCCUCAGUAGAUACGAGAGUAUGCUGAGGACAGCCAGUAGUCCAGACAGCCUACGAUCCCGAACUCCCAUGAUCACCCCUGACCUGGAGAGUGGAACCAAAUUGUGGCAUCUGGUGAAGAACCACGACCACUCUGACCAGAGGGAGGGCGACCGAGGCAGCAAGAUGGUCUCUGAGAUAUACCUGACCAGGCUAUUAGCUACAAAAGGUACAUUACAGAAAUUUGUGGAUGACCUGUUUGAGACCAUCUUCAGCACGGCCCACAGAGGCAGUGCGCUACCACUGGCCAUCAAGUACAUGUUUGACUUCCUGGACGAGCAGGCCGACAAACACUCCAUCACAGACUUCGACGUACGACAUACCUGGAAGAGCAACUGUCUUCCUCUGCGGUUCUGGGUGAACGUCAUCAAGAACCCCCAGUUUGUAUUUGACAUCCAUAAGAACAGUAUCACAGAUGCCUGCCUGUCUGUGGUGGCCCAGACUUUCAUGGACUCCUGUUCAACAUCAGAACACAAACUAGGAAAAGAUUCACCUUCAAAUAAGCUUCUCUACGCUAAAGACAUCCCCAACUACAAGAACUGGGUAGAGAGAUAUUACUCUGACAUCUCCCGUAUGCCAGCCAUCAGUGAUCAGGACAUGAGUGCCUACCUAGCAGAGCAGUCCCGCCUACACCUCAGCCAGUUCAACAGUAUGUCUGCGCUGCAUGAGAUCUACUCCUACAUCACCAAAUACAAAGACGAGAUCCUGUCGGCGUUACAGAAGGACGAACAGUCGCGAAGACAGCGGCUACGCGGCAAGAUGGAGCAGGUCAUCGACACUAUGGCUUUGGCUAGCUGAGGACCGGCCAAUCACACACCUCAGCUAGGGGAGAACUGACCAACCAACACGCCUUCCCUGACAACCUUUGACACCAGUGACAUUUUGACCCUCAACAUUUGAAGUCUGUCGUUAUCACCCUCACAAACAACAACAACAAAAUAAAGUCUUUAAGGAAAAGACUGCAAGGACACAAGCAUCCAGCAGCAGCAGCACUUUGGAGAGACAACAGAGUUUGGAACAAAAUCCCCGCCCAGGUGGGCUUUUUUUUUCUUCUGAGCCAUCAACCCAGCCCCAAACAACCAAAUCGCAUCGAAAGCGCAUCCUCAGCCUCAGCCGAUAUGGACCUUAGCUCAGGAGGAUGUUUAAUUGCAAGGCCCUCAUCACAUCUACAGUCCUACGGGCGUAGCAGUUGGGUACUUUGGCCAUUAUCAGGACCAGUACAUGCACAGUGGUGACCAAAAACUCAUCUAGCUGGAUAUAGAGUUGAAAUGCUACAGGAAAGGUACAAGCUGACAGCUAGCUUUUCACAGCCAAGGCUACGGUUCAGACUGUGAGCCAAUAAAUAUCCAGGAUAUAUUAAUAGUGAUACUUGAUCCCUGUAAGGAAUUUCUCUUUUCUGUUGCCGUCCUCCAAGGAAGGUCAGAGGUCAGGGACAGCUACAGAUCAGCAGCGAUAAAGCUGGCAGGGAUUCAAUGAGUUGCUCAAAGACACUUCAGCAGGGUGGAGGCAUGGCAACACAUAGGCUGCUGCCACUGCAGGGCAACCAGGAGGAAGGACUUUGCAGGGAAACUCUUCCUCCAGUACUGACUCUCCAACUCUAUCAAUAAGAACUCCACUGUAGUCUAGCGAAGGACAUUUUCAGUUGCAUAACUCUGCAUUUGAUUUGUUAUUGCAUUUGAUUUUGUUUUUUUUCACCCACCUCUCCCCAGUGCUGUGCCACUUGUGUUACUGCUGAAUUUGCACAACAAAUCUAAAUCAAAAGAGAGAAGAGGAUAUAUAUAUAUAUAUAUAUAUAUAACCUAUAUAACCUGUUUUUAAAACAAAUGAAAAGUUGUUUUCCAUUUUAAUGUACAAAAUAUACGUUUGAGAAGAGGAUUUGAUAUUUCCAAGAUGAAAAAUUAUGAAAACACAAGGAAAAAGUUGUCCCGUGCCAUGUUUUACUUUGAAUGUUGUUUAGUGCAAAGAGGCUUUUUUUUGUUAGAUGAAACGUGCUAUGAUGAAAAUGUUGUAAUGCUUAGUGACUGAAAGUGAGAGUUUUAAAAUAUGUAAAUGGGAAAAAAAAUAUAUAUAUAUAUAUAUUACAGACACUUUCUAUAUUUCAUGAGGUCUUGGGGCCGUUGUGUGCUACAUAUUUGGCUCUCAAGGUGGUGAAAAGACAAAUGAUGUCUGGAAGUCACCUGUGAGCCAACCGACCUACAGUGCUUUUGUGUUUGUUUUAGAGAAACCAAAUACAUCAAGACCUGGUCAGCUGAUUUAGAUGAGACAAAAGUAAUUUCUGUGAAAGCUAGCCUCAUGCUGUGGUAGCAGACAACCAUAGAGGCACUAGGCAGUUAAAUCCUGGCACACCAUACUCUACAACUUCUUGAUUUCUAGACUUCCCUUCUUGUCUGAAAAAAAAUAUAUGGUGUGCCAUCCAAAAUGAAGGCCAGUUUUGGUGUGUGAAACACCAAAAGUGAAACAGUAUUGUCUAAUUUUUAGCUUGUUUUCUAUUCUGCAGUAAAGACGGUAAAGCUUAUGAAAAGAUUAUGAAAUGUAGCUUGAUUUCUGAAAGUGUACCAGUUGAAGGCCGUUCUUGUUUUAACUUGCAGUGCUUCAAAAAAUGCAUUCAUAAACAAGACAUUCCUUUCUCAUAUGAGUGUAAAAAGGGUACACGGCUAAUAACAAAGGCUAGAAAAUACAGAAAAAAAGAUUAAAAGGUGUUAAACAAACCAGGGUAAUAUAUACAAUAUGUGGUCAUCCAUCCAGUAAAAGCUUGUUAUGAAAUGUGGAGCACCAGACCAGACACAUCAACAACCAGAUCAGAAAUUUCUUUUGUUUUCCUCUUCAACAGUGCUUCCCUCAGAUUUUUUUUCCCUGUGACAUAGUGGCCUCUAAUCAGCUGACACAAGAGUCCUCUGUUUCAGUCCAGUUCAGACAGCAUAGAGCUUUGCAGGUGCAUUAUGAACCUUCCAGGCCAGGACUGUUGUGAAAGGCCUGGUAGGUUUCUUUCAAAUUAAAAAUUACCAUAGCUGAGUUAUCUUUUUGGUUGUCUAAGGCCCUAUAGCCUAUUAAGACAGUUUGAUCUGCAGUUUGAGAAGAGGAAACUGAAAUAUGCCGAUUAUUUCCAACCUCAGUGUUAUUUUGUUGGGUUUUUCUCAGUGAUCCCCUUUUGUCAUUAUCCAUGGCCUUAAACGUGCCUUUACUGGAGUAAAUACUAAUUAUGAGCUAAUCGGGACAAAGAAAUUUCAGGUUCUGAUGGCACAUCAGAGAACCUGAAACCUGCUCAAGAAUUUAUUGUAAGUUUAAAAAGCCAACUGGAAAAACAUACAUAUAGAGACAAGAGACAAAUUAAAGGAAAAACCUGAAUAAAGGAGUGGAGAAACAUAUCAAAUGCAGAUGCUUCCAUGCACCAGGGCUCACUGAAUGGUUUGGUGAGUAUGAAAAUGACGUGGAUAAAAUGCUACAGCCUUUACAGUCACCAGAUCUCAACCUAGUUUCACACCUUUGGAGGAUUUUGGACCUAUGUUUAAGACAAUGCUUUCAAUUAUAAUACAUAUUAAUUUCUCUAGUGACAAAAUCACAUUCUUUGGUUGUUCCAAUGACAUGAACACAGAAGGCCAGCAGUGAGCAAACUAAGUGUGUGAGCAACACUUAAAAAGUGACAUAUCAUAAUAAUGAUGAUAAUAAUAAUAAUAAUAAUAAUAAUAGAUAAUUGUUCAGUCACAGCUGUUUUUACAGUAUGAAAUGAAAGUGUGACAUUUACAUUUAGUGCAACUGGUGUUUUUGUCACUUAAGUUUGUGGUAAAUUUACACCUUAGCCCUUUGGAUCAUAUUUUGGAGCAGCAAUCCCUCCAAUCUAAGUCACAUGAUUAAAAAAAAUGGUUUUGAUAAGAAUACGUUUUGAUAAGAAUAAGAUUGAAAUAACCUGAAUUAUCAUUUCAUAUUACAAUGUAACUAUGAAGCACUGUUAUGUACUAGCCACAUGUUAGCUGUUAGCUGAUGUGACAUUUCCCAGCUAUAUCCUCAUAAUUUAAACAAUUUAUAUUCCUUAUAUUGGGACAUCAACAUCUGUCUGUCAUUGCCCAAGCGUUGAAGACCUCCAAAAGUGGGCAUGUCACUUUAUGGAAAAAGAGUGUAUGGCAAAUUUUUCAGCCAUCUCUUUCUUUUUUCCCAUAUCCUUAUUUUGUCCGGGUGUUAACUAUUUUUUUAAUACAAUUACCAGACCUGUACCAACCGUUAUGCCAUCAAACCAGACACAUAUUGCUGCUGUCAAGUAAAAACUCUUCAGGCCAACAAAAGUUCAUUAACCUUGAUAGAUUUAGGAUGUUUUAUGAAACCUUUUAAAAAGAGUACAUUCAAAUCUUUAGAUAUUAGCCUGUAGUUCAUGCUAAGAUGCCGUGUUUUUAUCUGAUAGCAUAAAGAUGUGUCUGGAGACAAUAAAAUGUACUGUAUGUGUCAAUACUUGAACCACUCAUCUACACAAGGUAAAACAACAUACAGGGCAGCUGACCAAAGCUUUAUUCAUCCACAUCAGGAGAACAACUUUGUGACAAGAGAGUAGCUUUUCAAUUCUUCCACAAAAUGAUUUUAGCACUCAGUUCUAGUCAUUUAAAUACUCCCUCAUUGAAGGUAUUUAGUGUUUGUCUUUAUGCUUGAUGAAUGGUGAAAUUGAGGCGAUGCUACUUCCAUGUACAGAAACUCAUUAACAAAUUCUGUUCAAUUUGAAUGAAUGACUGAAAGAGUCUGAGGAUGUGGACCACUGCAUUGAUGUUUGACUGGUAUUCACAUGCUCAGUUGUUCUUUUGAUGAAGAUUUGUAAAGAUGAUUUUAGUACUUUGGAAAGAGUAAUGAGGCUUAGUAAGUAACCCCUAGGAUCACUUCGUAGGGAGUAACAAAGCAAAAAAAGUUCAGCAAGAUGGCGGGAUAAGGCCCACUUGGUCUCUGGUGCUUUUGUUUCUUAGUUUUGCUUCUUUCUGCUUCACCACUUAUUGGGGUAAAAGAUGAAAAGACUUGGGCAAGGCAGAGGAAGUGCUUUGCAGGCCAUGGUACUGCUUCAUUUUCCAUCCUGUUGCAUCUGUGGUGUUCGACUUACACGUAGAAAAAGUGAUGAAGGAGGGAGGAGGAGAGUGGAGUGACAGAAGGUAGAAGGAAGGCGGUAGAAGGAGAGAUUCUCUUGACGAUUGACUGACACAGAACUCUUCACUGUGCCUUGUCAGCCUUUUUCCCAUACUGAAAAUUAUGUAUUUUUCCAUAUACUUAGAGGUUAUGAUUCAAGGUACGUGUCAAAAAAUGGACAAAGAAAUAUUUUUAAAUAUGCAUUUUGACAACAAUCAUUUAAGAUGUAUUUUGAGCUUAUAAGAAUAGUGCAAUAUUUUGUGAAAUAUGCUCAUUUGCUUUCUUUCCAAGACUGAGAUGAGAAGACUGAUACCAAUCUCAUGUCUGUGUGUUAAGUACAGAGCUGGAGUCAGGACGUGUUUAGCCUAACUUAGCACAGAAAGGUAAGAGCAAGCCUGGAUCUGUCCAUAGUGAAAAAAUACACCUAUCAACAGCUCUAAAGCUGGCUAAGAGUAACAUGCUGGAACUACUGGAACAAAUGGGUUGUUAUGUACAUUUUUUCACUUUGCUUCACCCCUGCUUUCAGUAUUUAUGCUAAGCUGAGCUAAGCUAACUACGUCCUGACUCUAGCUCUGUCCAAAGGUUAAAAAAAAAUCCACCUACAAGCCCCUCUAAGCUAGUUUAUUAACACGUUAUAUCUCGUUUGCUUUACUUUUGAACAUUGACAGGUUAGCUGUUUCUCCCUACAUCUAAUCUUUCUGCUAAACUGAACUAACCUUAUUCUGGCUCUAGUUUCAUAUUUAACAUACAGACAUUAGAGUGGCAUCAAAUUCCUAGUUCUCAAAAAAUAUUUUCAGGAACCCAAAACAUUUUUUUGUAUAUUCUGAAAGUCAUCUCUAAAUCUCUUCUGAAGUGUAUGUGAAAUGUACAUUUUUCAGUAUGGAUUGCACCCUCCAACAUGAUACCUCCUCAGACCCAUAUAGACACACCACCACACAACCUUAAUACUUCCCCUCAUCUGCCAUUUUUGAUUCAACCCCCCAGUAACACUCAGAAGUUUCUCAUUCCUCCAGUUCUCUCCAGCUUCCUCACCUGCCGUGUUCACUUUGAUUAAAGUACAUUUCAGAGAAGAAGCAUAGGACGUAAAAUACCUGCACAUACAGAUUAAAGAGGAGAGAGGCAGAAAGAAAAAAAUACCUUAGAGUUUUAAUACUUUGUGAAUUCUGAUACCUUUUUAAGAGUUUCAGACUUGAAGCUGCUGUGACAUGUUUUGGCUGUUUCACGCCCGUGUAAAUAUCCUGCUCUUUCCUAUUUUGCAGAUUUAUUACGUGGAAAUAGACACGCAUCAAGGAGAGAUUAAACAUGUUUUUUGCUAAACCUG